UUGAAGGAGAAAAGAGAAAUAAGAACGAAAGUGGAACCCUAAGAUGAACAAAAGGCAGGCAAUUUUUGAGAUCUAAGCCACCGAUCAAAAUAAUAUCGGAUUUUCCCAUUCUAACUCUCCAUUUGAGCUCCAAGCAGACGAGCUCCAACUUCUAGUCUAUGAUAAUUUACAAGGGCGGCAGCUAAGGCAUACAGACUAGCUGGAGAUCGGGCGUCGGCUAUCUGUUUAUUACCGAUCUAUAUUAAGAGACAGAGUAGAGGAGAUGGCAGGACAAGAGGAAUUUGUGGAAGCAGACAAUGCAGAAGCCAUAAUUGCCAGAAUAGAGCACAAAUCUACCAAGAUCGAGAGUUUACUCAAACAGGGAAAGCCAGUGGAAGCGCUUAAAACUGCUCUCGAAGGCUCACCUCCAAAGACAAGAGACGAAAGAUGCAAGUCUGCAAACUGGAUCGCUGUUCAUAGAGCACUUAUGGCUAUAAAAGAUGUUGAAGGCAUGUUCUAUACUUUGGAUCCUGAGUAUUACGAUAUCCUGAUGAAAUACUUGUACAGAGGAUUAUCCACCGGAGAUCGCCCGACAUGUGAUCAAUGUCUGAAGAUUCAUGAAAAGUUGACCGAGAAAGCUGGCUUUGGAUGCAUAUUGCGUUGUCUGGCCGAUACAGUUAACACAGUUUGAUUGUGUAUGUAUACUAGAAGAUGAAUAAAGAAGUUUUUUUUUCAUAGUUUUAAUCAUUGUUUCAAGAUAAACAGUCUAUGUAAACACCAACUUUAUAAAAAAAAAAAAAGUAAUGGUAAUCUCUCCUAUUAAUUAAAUGAGUGUUGUGCUGUGAUUUGUGAGACUUUUGCGAGGCUAAAUUAUUGCAGUUGAGGAGUAUUAUUUGAAAUGGGUUGUAUAAAUGUUGCGAAUUAACUAUA